AUGCCUGGUGAUACACUAUUCUGUAGGAUACACAUAUCAAACAAGACAACAUCCAAUGCAAUCUUUGUCCAGCCACCGCCACAACCAUCUCCAUCACCUUCUUCACCAGGCAUCAACAAAUCAAACAAUAACAACAACAAUAAUAACAAUAAUAACAAUAAUAACAACUCAGUGUUGAAUACAUCAUCAUCGGGAAUCGACUCGAUAUCAUGGAUAACAGCACAGGUCUAUGGCAACAUGGUGAUUGAACCAAAGUACUUUAAGAUGUCGACGUCAAGCCCAAAGAUGAGUAGUGCUGCAAAGAAGUUGGCUGCAACUUCAUCGUCCUCUGUUAUAAAGAGGGUAGGUGGUGCGCCAACCACAGGCAUCUCAACGGCUACAUCACUACCCAACACGAUGGAUGCAGGCGAGAAUGGACGUUCAAUAUUCGCUUCGCCAACGACCAUCCUCGGCUCAGACAUCCAAGUGCCACCGGGCCAGACACGCUCAUUUAUAUACUAUCUCACAUUGCCUUCACCUUUGCCACCCUCAUAUAAGGGCUCAGCUCUGCGCUACAGUUACUUCCUUUCGAUUGCGGCACAGCUGCUCACUCAUCCAGCACAGAUCCUCACGAUACCAAUACGUAUACUGACACCAGCAUCAGCAUUGCGUGAGGUCAAGUUCAAGUUGAACAUCACCAAUCAUCACUUUGAUGAAGGAUCUACAGAGACGCCACAGGACAAUCCCAAGGGACUAGAGGUGGUCUCCAAGUGGCCAAUCUCUCCCUUCAAGAAGUCACAAUACUUCCCCGUGCCCUACCCUCAGACCCUAUCCCAAUACGACUCAAACAACACCAGGAAGUCAGUGAUCGACCUCCUGAGCAAGUACUCAGUGCCAGUAUCAAUGAAUAUAUCAAAGGGAACGGAGAAGCUGGCGACAGUGUCAAUUGCAAAGACAGCGUAUUCAUUGGGAGACACUGUUUGUGGAACGUUUGACUUCUCAAUCGCGACAAUACCAUGCUACAAGAUAUUGGUCAAGCUGGAGUUUGAAGAGACUAUCGAGCCCAAGUACCAGGUGACACCCAAGAACAAACCCAACCGAAGGCUCUAUGGCGAGCUGCACGAAUAUACAACAAACCUCCGACAGACACACUUUAUGUUCCACAUCCCCGUCGAAGCAUCACAAGAGUUCUCCACAAAGCAUGUAUCAGUCAAAUGGGUACUACGCUUCGAGUUUGUAACACCAGUCAAGAAUCCGAAUCAUCAACAACCUCUGCCAUCACAACAACCUCAGCAGCAACAGCAGCCACAGCAACAGUUGCCUCGAUCAAACUCACAGAACAUCAUUCACUCUCCUACGCCGCAUCAGACAAGCAAGGACAACCUAUCAGAGAUGCACGCGUCACAUAUGGCAAAGAGCAGUUCAUACAAUGAAGACCUUGGUCGACAGCAAUCAAACAUCAACAAUGUCUCCACUUCAAUCCCCACGACAACAUCUGCAUCACAAUUGGCCGGCACAAAUGGUGGCGAUCCCUCGACGACAAACAACAACACCAACAACAACAACAAUGUCUCUUCAUCUUACUCUUUGCCCUCGACGCCACCAUACACUCAUUCAUCAUCCAAGGCAAAUCGAACAAUAUCAGAGGUUCCCAGCGACAGCGAGAGCAAUCUGAGCUCAGACAGUGGCGCACUCAACGAUGACUACACAAUCAACAGCAGUUCCAACAGUCACUUCAGGGCAUCGACGGCCAGCAGUGGUUUGGUCAAUCACAAUCAAUUCAAGCGCAACGUCACGCAUCCAGUAGUUGGCGUGUUGGUGAACAAUGACGAGAACAACAUUCCUCAAGUGGAUACACUACAUUGGAGUUUACCCAUUCGCGUAUUGGUUAGCGCGCCACCUCACGAGCUGUUGCACACAAACAAGAAUGAAUUAAUACUGUAG